GUGGCUUAACAGAGCAGUGCCGGGUCAGGGAGAAGCUGCCUGCCUCGCUGCUGGGAGGUGUUGCCCUUCUAUUCAUAGCUACUCCCCCCCCUGGGUUAUAUUGCCGGGUAAAUCGGCGACGUGCUCCAGGUCACCGUCUCCACAGGGGAAGUGACAGAGCCCCCGCACCCCCGCGCCGGCCGUCACGCUCCAGAAGCUCUUUCUUGACAAUCGAUCGCGUUCCCGCGCUGCCGCCCCUCUGCCCGGGUGCAUCUCGAAACCAGCGAGUGCCGCCGUAUCCAGUGCACAGCUCAGCCAGGAGUCGAGGGUCAAGGUACAUCAAGGUACAUCAAGGCACAGCUCUCCGUGGAAACUGCGCGAUAAAAGCCCACCAUGCAAGCCCAGGAGAUCCUGCGGCACCUGCGCAUUCCCGAGCUGGAGGACAUGCGGCAGUAUGUGCGCAACCUGCCCGUGAACACACUGAUGGGCAUGGGUGCAUUUGCUGCUGUCACCACCUACUGGUACGCCACGCGGCCGCGCGCCCUCAAACCGCCCUGUGACCUGGCCAUGCAGUCUGUGGAGGUCGAGGGUGGCGAGUAUGUCCGCCGGUCGGUGCUGAUGGACAGCGACAAGCUCAUCACUAACAUCUACAGUGACAUGACAACAAUGUAUGAAGUCUUCCUUCGAGGGAAACGCGUGUCCAACAACGGACCCUGCUUGGGCUCCCGGAAACCCAACCAGCCUUACCAGUGGCUGUCCUACCAGGAGGUGGCAGACAGAGCAGAGUUCUUGGGAUCUGCGCUGCUUCACAGGGGUCACUCCAAGGCCAGGGACAAGUUCGUCGGCAUCUUCUGCCAGAACAGACCAGAGUGGACGAUAGCCGAGCUGGCGUGUAACACAUACUCCCUGGUGGCCGUCCCAUUGUAUGACACGCUGGGCACAGACGCCAUUGGCUACAUCAUUGACAAAGCCACCAUCUCCACGGUGCUGUGUGACGUCCCAGAUAAGGUCAGGCUCAUCUUGGACUGUGUCAGUGGCAUUGAGCACUCUGUCAAGACGCUCAUCGUCAUCGAGCCCUUUGACGGUGACCUGGUGGCCAAAGGCAGGAAGUGCGGCAUCGAGAUCGUCAGUCUGAAGGAAAUGGAGAGUAUGGGCAUGGCCAAUCACAAGGCCCCGCUGCCCCCCAAACCUGAAGACUUGGCCAUCAUCUGCUUCACCAGUGGAACCACCGGAAACCCAAAGGGGGCAAUGCUCACCCAUGGCAACAUCGUGUCCAACUGCUCUGCCUUCAUCAGAACCACCCAGGAACAGCUUCAUCUGAACAGAGAUGACGUCCUCAUCUCCUUCCUGCCGCUGGCCCACAUGUUUGAGCGCGUGGUGGAGGGUGUCUGCCUGUCCUAUGGUGCCAGGAUCGGCUAUUUCCAGGGUGACAUCCGGCUCCUCAUGGACGACCUAAAGACGCUGCGACCGACCGUGUUCCCUGUGGUGCCCCGGCUACUCAACCGCAUGUUCGACAGGAUCUUCGGGCAGGCGAACACACCACUGAAGCGAUGGCUCCUGGACUUCGCCUCGCGGAGAAAGGAGGCGGAGCUGAGGAGCGGCGUGGUGCGGAAGGACAGCAUGUGGGACAGGCUCAUCUUCAGCAAAGUGCAGGCCAGCCUGGGCGGCCGCGUGCGUCUGAUGAUCACGGGAGCGGCACCUGUGUCUCCGACCGUUCUGACUUUCCUUCGUGCGGCACUGGGCUGCCAGUUCUAUGAAGGAUACGGGCAGACUGAAUGCACAGCUGGGUGUACACUCUCUUUACCCGGGGACUGGACUGCAGGUCAUGUGGGGGCUCCCCUGCCCUGUAACCUGGUGAAGCUGGUGGACGUGCCGGACAUGAACUACUUUGCAGCCAAGGGAGAGGGAGAGGUGUGCAUCAAAGGACCAAACGUCUUCCAAGGCUACCUGAAGGACCCGGAGAAGACAGCUGAGACCAUCGAUAAGGACGGCUGGGUCCACACUGGCGACAUCGGCAAGUGGCUUCCGAAUGGCACCCUGAAGAUUGUGGACCGGAAGAAGCACAUCUUCAAGUUGGCACAGGGCGAGUACAUCGCGCCUGAGAAGAUCGAGAACAUUUACAUCCGCAGCGACCCGGUGGCCCAGGCUUUUGUUCAUGGGGACAGCUUGCAGGCAUGUCUGGUGGCCAUCAUUGUGCCCGACCCAGAUUUCCUACCUGACUGGGCCAGAAAGAGGGGUAUUGAGGGGUCCUACACCGAGCUGUGCAGGAAUCAGGAGGUGAAGAAUGCCAUCCUCGAGGACAUCAUGAGGCUGGGUAGAGAGGCCGGACUGAAGUCCUUUGAGCAGGUGAAGGACAUCGUCUUGCACCCCGAGAUGUUCUCCAUCCAGAACGGUCUGCUCACCCCCACACUCAAGGCCAAGCGCGCGGAACUACGCAGCUACUUCAGGGAGCAGAUCGAGCAGCUCUACAGCAAGAUCAAGAUGUAGCUGUUGCCCAGCUCGGGUCCUGUCUGGCUUGGGGGGGGGGGUCACAUUUCCAGCCCCACCCUCAUGUCGAACUUCAGGGAAACACGAGAACUCAACACAGGCCCCAUCAUCCGUUAAUCGGUGUGUUCAUGGUUUUUAUGAAGCGGUAUACCGCUGGGAGCCGUCAUCGUCAUCAAUGUCUCAGCCAAGUCAUUGCCUUAGUCUGGCCACACCCCCCACCCCAUAUAAUUUCAGGGGUGGAGCGGUGGGGCCUCAGAUAGCCCCUGUCUUUCAAUCUUUGUCUCAGAGUAGCCUGAUGAUCUUACCACAGAAGCACAUUUCAGGAAGGGGGGGGCUACUGCAGAUAACAGCUUAAACUUGUCACACGCAUGCCUUGUGCGGAUUGGCUGUGUACAUAGCUACAUAUUUAAUGUUUUUCUUGAAUUAUUUUCCAAAGUGAAUCAGUGUUUGGUGUGACGGGGUGACAAUAGCAAGGAGGAUUGUGGCGUAAGCAGCACGGCAUCACCAAAGUGGUGGAAUGCAGGGGCCAAUCGUGGGUCUGCUGGGGGUAGGGGGUGUCGCUUGGCUUUCAGGGAAGGAGGAUCCUGAGCCAGGGCAAGUGUGUCACCAACAGAUGACACGCAGCCCCUUCUGGAAGCAGGUCCGGUUGGGGCCCGAUAUCACGCUCGUCAAGGUGCCCUUGGUCAGUCUCUGCCCCUGCUUGGGGCCCACGAGGCUCAGGGGGGCUCUUCCCCUGUGCGUUUCAGGGUGGAACAUCGAAUUACUACAGCUGAGUCCAGGUAGCGAACAGCUUGGAAAGAGACUCCUGUCGACCAGCCUCUGGGAUGGCACCUUCCACUGCAGGAAAAACGGAAGCGGACUGCAGCCAUCCUGUGCGGGAUCUCCAGUCUAGCUCAGCGUCUCAGUCCAAGAGGAAGCUUUGGGAUGAAGACUCCUUUUAAUAAUUUACAUAUACAUAUAUAUUUUGGGUACAAAUAAGAUUGCAACAAACUGUGAAGAUUGUAACGAUCGAUUCAUCCAUUUUUGGAACGGAUGGCGCCGAUACCCCUCCUCCUCCCAUCAUACACAUUUCGGAAUGAACCGUGGUCUGUGCCUGUGUGCCAUGGAAAUGCUUUAAAGUCCUUGCUUUGUACCUUGUUUUGUAAAAGAUGCGUAUAUUUCCAACAAGCAGCAGCACCAAAUAAACACUCUUCAGUGUUUCUCA